AUGGAGAAGACAGAUGCCAAAGACCAGCCUUCUCAGGGGGAUGACGAGAAAGACCCUCCAAAGAGCCACCCUUACUCCGUGGAGACCCCAUAUGGCUUUCACUUGGACCUGGACUUCCUCAAGUAUGUGGAUGACAUCGAGAAGGGAAACACCAUCAAAAGGAUUCCUAUCCACAGAAGGGCCAAGCAGGCCAAGUUUAGCACUCUGCCCCGAAACUUCAGCCUCCCCGACAGCGGGGCUCACCCUCAUGGCGCUCUGCCCCACCCAAACUGGUCCCCAGUGCUGCCGAAGAAGGCGUCGCUAGGGACACAGGGCCGGAUCCCAUCACCGCCGCUUGGGGCUGCCCUGCAGGCCUCCGCUGGCGCCACUGGGGUGAGCUACCAUCGGAAGGCCCUGCUGAUGGAGGCCGCCAGGCAGCUGGAGGCCGCGGCCCCGGAGGCCGAGCCCGGUGCCGGGAGCGGGCGGCCACAGCUUCUGAGAGCGUCCAGCAUGCCCGCCACGCUGCCGCCCCGCAGGGCCGCGGAGGAGCCGGGCCUGUGCCCGGGUAUCCCCGCGCCCCCGGCGCACUCCCUGCAGGGGGACGGCGGCGUCUGUGAUGGCGCCUUCGGGCCCGCGGAGGGAUGGUCAGGGUUUCACAGCUCCAGCCCCCGAGCGCCCACCCCCCCGAACGUUACAGCGUCCGGAGACCCGGCGCCCCCGGGGAUUUCAGAGCUGGUCUGGGAGGCGGCUAAGCCUCCGGAGGUUGACCAGAAGGCUCCGAAUCACCUCGCUCUCCCAGGUCCUGCUGCCUCAUUCCAGGACACACUUGUAGUUCUAGAAGAUGCAGAAGAUGGACAGGAAACCAGAGAAGCAGAGGUGGGGUUCACCCCCGGCUCCCCAACGCCGAGCCCCCCACCCCUGCCAUCCCCCAUCCCUGGGAACGAGCUCCCCCUGGAAGAAAUCGAGCUCAACAUCACCGAGAUCCCGCCACCGCCCCCUGUGGAGCUGGACGUGCGCAGCGUGGGCGUCAGAGUCACCGAGGAAAGCCUGGGCCUGGCCAGGCUCCACCCCGGCCGCGUCUCCAGCCUGCAGCAGCAGGUCUCAGCCCUCGAGGGAGAGUUGUCCGGCAGAACCGAGGAACUGGCCCAGGUCAGAGCUGAGCUCCAGCAGCAGGAGGAGGAAGUCAAGGCCAGGGAGCAGAGGAUUCGAGAGCUGGAGUGCACUGUAGCCCAGCUAGAAGAAAAGCUGAGCCGAGACACCGCCAGAGAUGCUCAGGGCCAGACGGACGCCAUGGUGAACACUGACCCUCUCCAUGGACUCUUGACCAGGGAAUCGCGUGACAAGAGCAUCGGGGUCAACCUUCUGGGCCUCGCAGAAUCUGGAAGCUGGAGAGCCAGAGAAGAGAAUGGUCUCCUAGGGGGACAAGACAGACACAAACAGGGGGAUCAGAGCCCAGCAGAACGCAUGCUACCACUGCAGCUGUCACUGCCGCUGGGACCAGAGAAGGUCCCCACCUCCUCUUUACCUAUCUGCCUCUCCGCAGAACUCAGGAUUGAAGAAGCAGGGUCUGAACAGGAGGGAGGCCCUCAGGUAGGAGCUGAGGGCCUGGCCAGGAGAGCAGGAGCCUCUUCAGGGAGCAGUGACAGAAGGGCUCCCCCAGCAGGAAGGGACGAGGCCAGUUCAGAGCGCCUGGGGAAGGAGCGCCCAGGAAGGCCAGCAAGCUCACCAGCAGAUGCCACAAUUGGGCAAUAUGUGAAGAAGAUCCAGGAGCUGCUGCAGGAGCAGUGGAGCUGUCUGGAGCACGGGUACCCCGAGCUGGCCAGUGCCAUCAAACAGCCUGCCUCCAAGCUCAGCAGCAUCCAGAGCCAGCUGCUGAGCUCCCUCAACCUGCUGCUGUCUGCCUACUCCGCCCAGGCUCCACCUCAGAAGGAGCCCCCGGCCCCCUCCUGCUCCCCACCGACGGAGAUCUCCCCGUCGACCAGCCUUAAAUCCAUAAUGAAAAAGAAAGACUAUGGCUUCCGUGCAGGAGGUAAUGGGACCAAAAAGAACCUUCAGUUUGUUGGGGUUAACGGUGGCUAUGAGACCACCUCAAGUGAGGAGACCAGUGGUGAGGACAGCUCCCCAGAAGACUUGUCUGACAGUGAGGCUGAGAAGAAAUGUGACGGCCUGGAGCGCAGGCGGGGCAAGGAUGCGCACCCUAGCUGCGAGGCUGGGCAGGGUGUCCCUGAGGGCCCCUGCAAUGCAGGCCAGGAAAGUGGGCCUGGGGAAGAAGUCCCCCAUUCUAAGGCUGAGAGAUAUAAACCCUCAGAAGAAUUUCUUAAUGCAUGCCGGGCACUGAGCCAACAUCUGCCGGAAAUUGGGACCACCCCCGACCAACUCUUGAAGCAGAGCUUGAACACCAUCAGUCAAGAGUGGUUCCGCGUCUCCAGCCGGAAGUCGUCUAGCCCUGCUGUGGUGGCCGCCUACCUCCUCGGGGUCCAGCCUCACUCCCCACAUUUCCUGAAUCUGCUUGUCAACUUGGCUGAUCGCAACGGGAAUACAGCCCUUCACUAUAGCGUGUCCCACUCCAACUUUUCUAUCGUGAAGCUGCUGCUGGAGACAGGCGUCUGCAACGUGGACCAUCAGAACAAAGCUGGCUAUACUGCUGUGAUGAUUACUCCCUUGGCUUCCGCGGAGACCGAUGAAGACAUGGCUGUUGUGUGGAAACUCUUAAGAGCAGGAAAUGUGAACAUCCAAGCUACUCAGGGAGGCCAGACUGCACUGAUGCUGGGAGUCAGCCACGACCGGGAGGACAUGGUCCAAGCGCUACUGAGCUGCCAGGCAGAUGUCAACCUGCAGGACCACGAUGGGUCGUCGGCCCUCAUGCUGGCCUGUCACCAUGGCAAUGCUGACCUGGUACGGCUGCUCCUGGCACACCCAGCCUGCGACAGCAGCCUGAUUGACAAGGCUGGCCGCACAGCUUUGUCCAUCGUUCUGCAGUCACCCACCCAUGUGGAAAUUGCAGGGCUUCUGCGGGCCCACGCGGAGCAGGGCAGGUCCCUGGGGAUGUAG